AUGAGUGAAGUAAAAAAGGAAGAAAACGAUAUUUCUAACAACUCCUCUGAUAAAAAGGAGUAAGAGUUGCCUAACAAAGAGGAAGUUAGUAACUAACAAAAUUAAUAGGAAGUUAAGUAAAAGAAGAGAAGGCCUGGUGAUCAAUUUUUGUUUAAUAGAGUUGAUGUUGAGAAUAUUGAUGUCAAAACAAUGACAGAAGAAUAAAAAGCUGAUUUAAAGGCAAAAUUAGAAGAAGAAUGCCUAAAAGUUUGCAAUGGUUAUGCAUAAGAAUUAGCUUUUGCUCACUAAUGGGAUAGCUUCGAUAACAUAAAAAUGGCAAAUGAUAGAGACUUGGAUGAUUUGUAUGAUGAAAAUAAUUAGAAAUUAAAAACAAAAUUAAAAAUAAUAGCUGGUUGGAUUUUUGGUUUUGCUAUUUCUUACAUUACUAAUAUCUCUUGGCUUUUCUUAGUUUUUUGGGUAGGUUCUAUACUUCCUCAUGUAUGGGAUCUUAUAAUCAACAAAGAGCAAUAUGAUAGUUAUAUUGUACCAAAUAUAGAUGCAUACUUUUCUUAGUCAUAUGUUUCUUUUGGAUUUAAAAGAACUUAAAAGGGAAGAGGCAGAGUCAAAGAGCAGGAUAAAAGCUUACAUCCUAAAGCGCUAGAAUUAUAUGAUUACUAUAAAGAAACUCUUCUUCUUAUUAGAUCUUUAAGACCAAGCAAAGAUGAGAAAAAAAAGAAAUGA